AUGGUGAUCGAAUCCAAGACCGAAACCAUGGACAAGGCACACACAACAAACCCCGCGGAAACCGAACCGCGAACGCGAAUACUCCUCAACGGAUCGUUAACACUUCCGAUCCUGUCGUUUUACAGCAAGUUCCCCUGGGAUGGGUGUCUUACGAUGGAUGAAUGGGAUUUUCAUCUCGAUGAACCCCCUGGGGCCUCGGCUGCGAGGGUAACGCGCAGGGUUCGCAUCGUGGUUUUGCAGGAUAUCCGGGACAUCUAG